UACGAUAUUUAUACGCUUCCAACCCCAGUAAUUCUAUGCACCUAUUAAACAUAUUUUGCUAUCAUAGAUUUCGCGGUACAUUUUUCUAGUAUGGUAUCACACGUAUUUCUUCCGCGCCGCGAGAUGGGUCUCAGUUCUUAGAUACAGAGAUUCGUCAAAGUGUUAACUAUAUCAAAAACUUUAAUUUUUUUCGUUUAAAAUGUAAAAAUGUUUGCGUUGUAUGAUCGAAUGAGGAUCAUGUUGCAAAGUAUAAAAAAUCUUUUGAUGUACAAAAAUCUGAUCGAGGAAUAGCAAAAACAACAGAACAAAAUCACAUUCCUCACAUUUGAUUUACAAAAAACGCUCCCCUUGCCGAAAAUUUCUACAAGUAAAGCCUUCUAUUACUACAAGUAUGGCUCUACAAUCUAGGAAUACAUUUGA